ACUUUCCCAGAAUUCUUUACUCGAUCCGCCAUUAGAGAUAACAUUGGAAGGAUCCGAAACGAACUAAGUUUUGGCCUGGUAUUGUUGGCCUCCUUUUUAUUUAUGAACAAAUGACGAUUCUCUUGAUAUUUGCAUAACCGUUUUGAGACAGUUUAUUAUUUCUCCAGACUCUACCCUUUAGUUGAAAAGUAUUAGCAGCUUGAAGUACCGUAAGGAAGGGUAGACUAAGUGAACUAAACAGAUCUUUUCUUAAAACAGCAGAAAGUGACGGUCUACCCGGGGUCUACGGCUGAGCUUCUAGGUCUCUGAUAGUUAAAUCCUAAUUGAAUUACUGUACCAAAUAAAUAGACAAGAGGCUAGACUACUAUAUUAUACAUUUGCUAAUCGUGUGAGACUGAGUUACGAAAGGUGGUUCAGUGGUUAGGGUUAGGUUUUUAAGAAAGACCCUUGGUUUUGGACCUGUCACAUUUUUCUGCAGCACAAGAAGUUGGUCUAUUAUUAAUCAAGUGCACUAACAACAUAACAAUAAUUGCUAAUUGCAUUGUAUAUCUUACUUUGAGUCCAGCUGAAAAUAAAUCAGUCACAGGUCUAGAUUCUAGAUCUACCUGUUUUGUCAUUUGUGUGAGUUAAAAGGCUAAAGGAAAAAGCAACUUUGUUAAAGUUUCAAAAACUCAAACUCCCUACAACUGCAAGUUCAAAAUACUGUUUUUGCAAGUGCUGCCUGGUUCAGGUGUAAUCUGAACAUCAGUAAAGUAUAAAACCAAUCAAGUAACUACAAGAUCAAGAGCAGUUGGAAAUAGGCCAUAUUUUAACUUCCUUCACUCAUUCUAGUUUUAUAGUAAAAAAAGAUGGGAACAAGGCACAUUCCCAGUGACAAGAUAAACCUGAAGCUCAUUCUUGUCAGUGGAAAAACCCAUGAGUUUCUAUUUUCACCAUCGGAUUCCGCUGCAGAUAUUGCAGAGCAUGUGUAUAAUCAUUGGCCGGAAGAUUGGUCAGAAGAACCCAUGCCAGCAACAAAUAUAUUGCGGCUCAUUUAUCAAGGAAGAUUUCUGCAUGGAAAUGUAACUUUAACAGCUCUUCAGCUCCCUACAGGUAAAACAACUGUGAUGCAUCUUGUAGCGAGAGAGAAUCUCCCAGAACCAAAUAAUCAAGGCCAGCUAAAGAAAGACAAAAGUGGCGAGUCAGGCUGUAGUAAUUGUUGUGUCAUACUUUAGUACAACACAGCCCAGACACAAACAAGUUAAUUUUUUUGUCAGUUUAUUUAUCUCAUCAAAUGUAAACUUUUCAUUGCAAAUUAACUCUUAAAUCUGCAAGAUCAGUAAUCAGGUCACAUUGACGAAGGAGUGACAUACACAAAAAUUAUAGUUGCUGAUCAAGGCACCAAUCUCUUUCAUGUUGUUCCCAGUAGUCUGUUACUUACUUUAACUCUGCACUCUGGUGUAGAUAAUGACAGUGGGAGUAUUGCAACACUGGCAGUGUUUCCUCUGACCUAGUAUCUGCUAAAACAGAACCAAAAUACGUCG